GCUCCAAAUGGCGACCAAACUACUAGCAAUAUGUGCAGUUAGUCUAAUUGCGAAAGGUAACUCGACCUGUCCGGAAACUAAGUAUCUGGUGUCCGGAAAACGUCCCAUUCCUGACGAAUAUCUGACGGCAUCUAGUGAGUUGCAUCCCGAAAAUAGCUUUUAUGAAGACCAUAGUCCGGGGAGAUCAAGGCUGGAUACUAAAGGCAUAUAUAUAAAUGGAAUCUGGCUGAGUGGCGGUUGGUCUGCACAAACGAGUGAUGAUCAACAGUGGAUACAGGCGAGAUUCUGGGAUCUGAGCUACAUAACUGGAAUAGUGACCCAGGGUAGAAACAUUGGCAAGGGAAGCGCACUUUACCAACGAGUUACUUCAUAUCAGUUUCACUUUUCACAAGACUGUGUGAAGUUUGUAACACUUAGAGACCCAAAUGAUGACAACGAGAUAUUUCCUGGGAAUACAGACCAAGAUUCGCAUGUGACAAUCAUGCUUCCAAGUCCAGUCCGUGCUUUGUGCGUGCGCAUUCAACCGGUCACCUGGGUUGAGCACAUAACGUUACGCUUUGACGUGCUGGGUUGCUCGUGUGGAAGUGUUUUGUGUUUGAUCAAUUGUUACUGCGAUAAUUGCACAAACUGUGGAACCGAAUGUCAGUGUACGUGUCCGAAGUAUUGUGAACGCAAGGGCGCUAGCCAUAGUUGUUUCGCUGACGGAACAUGCAGAUACGGAUGCACUGAAAAUCACUACGGGCCAGUAUGCGACAAGAAAUGCUCACCAUACUGUGCAAUAUCCUCAACCGGAGACGUAUGUUCUAAUGAUGGCUCAUGUCUUUACGGAUGCGUUGCAAAUCAUUAUGGUUCGCAAUGUAAACAUAUCUGCCCCAUGAACUGUGCAUUGGUGGACAAUAGAACUAGAUGUGAUGACAAAGGUGUUUGCGUUGACGGUUGUGCCCCGGACUUUUUCGGCCGACAAUGCAAUAACCCAUGUCCAACAAACUGUGCAGCAGGAGCAAAUGGUAGCAUGUGUGAUCAACAAGGUGUUUGUGUCCACGGAUGCGCAAAUGACCAUUUCGAUAGAAAAUGUUCGAACCUUUGUCCAACUUCAUGUGCGCCUGUAGCUGGAGGAAGUCGAUGUUCAGACAGUGGCUCGUGCACAAUGGGGUGCAUUGCAGGAUAUAGUGGUGAUACAUGUGAACCAUCGAUAAAAAUAUCAGAAGAAAGCGUGAGUAGGUAUAAGUCUGGGAUGAUUGAAAGCUUGAUUGUGGCUGUCACUGUUGUCGCCCUAGUAACUAUCGCGGUUAUGAUUUGCUUUCUCCGGAAGAAAAGGCUGACAUGUACAGAUGUUGUCAACAGAUCAAUGAGCGACCGAACAGGGCCUGCUGAACUCAAUCAACACAGCAUUGAUACAUUUAAUGCGUGCUGCACAUUGGGCACGCACAGGGAGGAAGCCGAACUUCUAUUGAUUUCCGACAAUCAACACAGCAUUGAUACAUGUAAUGCGUACUGCAACUUUGACACGCACAGGGAUGAAGCCGAACGUCUAUUAAUUUCGGAUAAUCAACACAACAUGGAUACAUGUAACGCGUAAUGCACCUAGAACAUGCACAGGGUUGAAGCCGAACGUCUAUUAAUUUCGGAAAAUCAACACAACAUGGAUACAUGUAACGCGUAAUGCACCUUGGACAUGCACAGGGAUGAAGCCGAACGUCUAUUAAUUUCGGAAAAUCAACACAGCAUGGAUACAUGUAACGCGUUAUGCACCUAGGACAUGCACAGGGAUGAAGCCGAACGUCUAUUAAUUUCGGAUAAUCAACACAGCAUGGAUACAUAUAAUGCUACUUCACCUUGGACACGUCCAAGGAGGAAGCCGAACGUCUAUUAUUUUUGGACAUGCUUCAAGUCGAUAACACACAAUAAAACAUACAUGCUAUUAUAUUUUUGUAACAUAAUAUAGUGUUUGUGUUACAUUCAUGUCUUUUCUAUUAAUAUGGAAAUUCAUAUGCAUAUUUUAAUUAUAACAUCAUGUAGUAACGUAUGUGAAUUCAUGUGAAAGAUAUUAUGUCAUCCUUUUGCUAAUUUGCCAUGGUGAAUAGUUUUCACACGAGAUAAAUGCCUAUAGUGCUUAAAUGUGUUUCAAAUAUAUUCGUAGAUCGAAAUAUUACCGAGAGAAACAUGUUAGGUUUGAUUAAAUUAGUAUUGUGUGCAUGCUGUAUACAAUGGUUUUAAAUCAAAACGUUAAGGGACAAGUGACUUAUAUGUACACUAAGAUACAAUUUGUUCACGAUUAUCACAUCGAUACAGUUUAUUACUGCGUAACGCAGACCGUAUCACAAUCAAAGUACUGAAAGAACUGGUGGGGCGAUUUUGCUCCAAUUGUGUGGCCUUAAAAAAACUAUACACCGUGAUGCCAACCAAUCCCCUUUGUUGAGUAGAACAGAUGGAAUUAAGGAAGGAUGACAGAUGGCCAACAUAAUAUAUAAUUUAGCUAUUGGGGUUAAAAGUAAA